CGCAGGCAAGAAGCGCGGCGGCGGCGGCGGGCCUAUGGAGGAGCUCAAAGGCGCCAACGGCGGGUAUGCGUGGGAAGACGAGUACCAACGGUCGUGGGAUAUCGUUAAGGAGGACGAUGGGGGCUCGCUUGAAGGAAUCGUGACGAGUUUAGUGGAGGCGCGCAAGAAACGGUUCAUGAAGAACGUGACGCCGUUCCAGCGCGGGAUCAUCCGCACCAUGGUGCUCGUGGUGGAUCUUUCGUCAUCAAUGCAGGAAAAGGACUUGCGACCGAACCGGGCGUCAAUCACGAUCUCAUACGCGAUUGACUUUGUGGGGGAGUUUUUCGACCAGAACCCAAUCUCGCAGCUCGGAAUCGUAGUCAUGCGUAGCGGGGUGGCAACGCUUGUGAGUGAUGUCAGCGGAAACCCGCAGAGCCACAUCGACAACCUCCGUGCGCUCCGCAAACUCGAGCCCAAGGGCGAUCCGUCAUUGCAAAACGCGUUGGAAAUGUCCAAAGGAUUACUUCUCCAUGUGGCAUCCCACUGCACACGUGAGGUGCUCAUCAUCUUCGGAUCGCUCUUGACGUCCGACCCAGGUGACAUCCACAAAACGAUUCUGUCGCUCGUGGUGUCCAAGAUCCGCGUGAGGGUGAUUGGGCUCACAGCCCAGGUGGCGAUCUGCGCCGAAAUGGUCCGCAAGACCAAUUUUGGUGACUCCUCGUUGUAUGGAGUGAUUCUCAACGAAACCCAUUACAAGGAGUUGCUAAUGAACGCGGUAACCCCGCUCGCUAUUAGUAACCAGAGUUUGGCUGAGACCGCGCCCGGUUUUUCGCUCGUGGAGAUGGGCUUCCCCUCGCGAAUCAGCGAAACCGCCUCACCUUCCUUCUGCUCGUGUCAUUCGAAGCUCACCUACGGAGGUUAUGUGUGUCCGCAGUGCCUGUCAAAGAUCUGCUCCUUGCCCACUGUUUGCCCCUGUUGUCAGCUCAUGCUCAUUCUCUCCACCCACCUCGCGCGCUCGUACCACCAUCUUUUUCCGCUCAAGACGUACGUAGAGGUGCCAGUUCUGACCAACUAUGAUACAGAGUUUUGUUUUGGCUGCCAGAUCGCGUUUCCCGCGGGAGUGACGCCGCUGGAGGCCCAGGUGCUCAAGGCGAAGGAGGAGGCACAAUGGGGGAUGAAGAAGCACAUGUUGACCAGCUCGCGCUACCGCUGUCCGGACUGCCAGGUGAGCUUUUGCAUUGACUGUGAUGUGUUUUCGCACGAUGUGUUGCAUAAUUGCAUGGGGUGUGAGAGUAUCCGGGAGAGCCCCAGCAAGCCCACGCUUAGCGUCAAUGCUAUCUAGGUAGUGACUGGAUGGUAAACCAGAGACCUUGGGAACAUCAAUCGAUCGGUAUGAUGCGAUGAUAACUGCAUGAAUUUGUAGUUCAGACACGGCUCUGAGUCGGAGAUUUCUUGAACUGGUAAAGGAUAUUAGAAAGUAUUUUCCAUAAUCAAGAGGUAAAUACUCGAAAUAUAGUUUUAAAUGUGAAACUAAAGAGAUUCUUGAUGCCCAUAGGGGAUUUUUUACAGUUUUU